AUGAGAUUAGGUGUUGCAGGUGUGAUGCUCGCAAUGAAUAUGGCCAGCGUAAUCCCAGUAAUGGGGUUAUUUAUUUAUGUUUUCUGUGGUGGUUGUCCUCUAACAUGGGCUGGAUUCUCUAUGCAUGCGUUUUCUGAUCUAUGGCCGAUGCUGAAACUCUCUAUCUCUUCUGGUAUAAUGCUCUGCUUGGAGAUAUGGUACAACUCAAUUUUGAUUCUUCUCACUGGGAACAGCAAAGAUGCGGAGGUUGCAAUUGAUGCUCUCUCCAUCUGCCUUAAUAUCAAUGGUUGGGCACUGGUGCUCUCCACCGGUUACCUAGCAGCAGCAAGUGUUAGGGUUUCGAAUGAGCUUGGGAGGGGAAGUUCCAAGGCAGCAAAGCUUGCGAUUGUUGUGGCAGUAUCAACUGCUAUCAUAAUUGGGCUUUUUCUAUGGGCCUUGGUAUUUGCUUUUAAAGAUGAAAUUUUCUAUAUAUUUUCCAAUAGCUUGGAGGUAGCCAAUGCCUUUUCAGACCUUUCCCUCUUGUUGGCUUUUUCGCUUCUAUUGAAUAGCAUCCAAUUUGUCCUAUCUGGGGUGGCAGUGGGUGCUGGAUGGCAAAGCAAGGUUGUUUACAUCAACAUCAUUUGUUAUUACUUCGUUGGGCUUCCUCUAGGUGUCUUACUUAAUUAUUUUGCUAAUCUUGGUGUGAAGGUGUCUGUAGCGAAGGCACGGAUGAACAAAUUGGUUAUCCCUCUUCCAGAUGAUCAGUUGGACAAUAAUAUUACUUCAAAAAGUAAUUAA